AUGACGAUAAAAAAUAAAAAGACUAAGCAAUCAAAAUCGUCCGAAGUGACAUCAUCCAGUAGUGCAUCGACUAGUGUUCAGAAGACCAGUUCAUCCACGUCGGUGCAGCAAAGUAAGGUUAGCUCUGGUAAGAAGGUUCGAUAUAUCGAUGUGAAGGUUGAAGAAGAUGACCCGCUCAUGAUAACCGAUAUAACUGACAAUUCUUCGAUAGCCGGUUCAACCAUAUCAGAACAUUACAAUAGUCAUCCGCACUAUGUUAUCACAGAAGCUCCUUCUAUGACUGAUUUGUCGCAAAUAAGGUCACAGCACCACAUUAGCGAUAUGGCACUAUCAACUUCUGGCGACUUUGUCUCUAGUUCGGUACUCCAGGAGUCUUCGUCGACUCACGAACAAGUUUCCAAGUCUGAAACAUUCCAAACAUCAUCAUCUUCAGUUCAGCAAUCUAGUUCUAGCGAAAGUCAAACCUUUGACAGAACAGCAGAUUCUACUGCUGCAAAUCAAACGUUGAAUACAGCUUUCAUUGACAAUUCUACAGCAAAUGUGACUAAUUCUAAUAAAUUCUUGAAUCGAUCGCAGACAGGUAACGCUUCCAAUUCUUUUCUCGAGAUUGAGCGUCAUAACUUAGCUAGUCAGACAUCGAAUUCAAACAUGCCUAAAACAAAUACGGCGAAACCAGCUGACAAACAAAAUGUAAAACAAGUUAAAUUAAUCGGUGGUAAAAUUGUUCGUAAUUCUUCUGGACCAUCACAGAAGAAUCAAAGCGUGCGUUCUGAUUCUUCUAAUUUCUAUGGGGGUGAAGGGACUCUGGAUAAAAAAAGGAACACGACGGAAUAUAGCAGCACUUCAAAAACGAGUGAAUCUAAGAGUAGCAAUGUUACAAAAUCAUCGUCAUCAUCCUAUGUUGUAGAAAUUGUAGACGGUAAAGAACGUAUCGUUGACAGCUCAAAGAGAGAAUGGGGCGAUGCUCAAGAACACGCCUCAAAAGAAGACUAUGUCAGUGUAAGUGGAACUGGGAUGAAGCCACAAUCUGCGCAUAGCACAGAGAAUUAUGACAUGAAAGCAAAGUAUGACACUGGUAAGGAUGGAAAAAGCCCUACCAGCGAGUUGAAAGUGGCCGAAGAUUCUAAAUUGAUAGAAAAUGGAAAACAAACAGCUUCUCAUUCUAGUGUCAUUUCAGAAAAAGACAACAUUGCGAAGCACCAACAAUAUAUUACUAAUCGAGAGAAUGCAACAUCUGAUCAGCAAUCCCCUCUGACAAGAGAUGGUCAAAAUUAUGAACAUAUAACAAAUCGUAAUACUGUAACGUCUGAUCGAGAAUCGUCUACAAUUAGAGAUGAACAAUAUUUAAAGCACCAUGAUCAUAUAACAUCAGAUCAUACACAAUCUAUUGCUAGAGAUGACUACAUUACAUCUGAACGACAACCAUCAGUGAGAAGAGGUGAUCAACAAUACACAACAAACCGUCAAGAUGUAACGUCUGACUACCAAUCAUCAGACUCACGACACAUAAGUCAACAGUCAAAUAUUGUGUCUGAAGAUUUUACCACAACUCAGACUUCUAAAGAUAUUGUUGAACGUAAAAAUGUUAGCAUAGACGACCGAAGACGUAACACUAAUCAAACAGAUUCCUCAAACUUUUACGGUUACGAUGCAACUAUUCAAAAUGAACUUAAGAAAGUUGGUAAUAUUUUACAAGUACCUGACACUGAAAAUAUAAAUUUCUCAACAAAAAUACUAAAAAGCAAUACAAGUAGUGCUCAGCAAGCUUCUACAUCCUCCUAUGUAGUAGAAAUUGUUGAUGGCAAAGAGACUAUAGUUAACACAGCUCAUCGAGAAUGGGGAGACACUAAGGAACAUUCCACACAUGAGAAAAGUCAUUCUAUCAGUGGAACAGGACUCAAACCGGAACACGAAUAUUCACGACAUGUACUAGAUAAAGAAUCUCAUUAUGAUACUGGUAAAAAUGGGGUUCCUAAAAGUUUUUUGCAAGUAUCAGAGGAAUCUGCCUUGUAUAAAGAUGGCAAAAAGAUAGCAUCUACUAGUAACACAUAUGGUGGCGAUUUCACAAAUAAGAGACCAAUUACUGAAUACGUUGAUGAAAGAGAUGAUUUACAUAAUAAACGUAUUCCUGAUACGACUGAUGGGAGUAUCCCUACCGCGAAAAAGUCACCUUCAGAUAGACCAGAUGUUCCAUUUACCAGCAACGUAAAAGACACUACUGAAUUUAUUACGUCUGAAAAACAAAAUAUAACUAAAGAAUCUACAUCGGCUACAACUUCUCAAACAAAAGAUACAUUGACUACGUACGAAAGAAGCACUGGAGCAUGGAACGGGAAGUUCGUGUAUGAGAAAGAUAAUGACCGCCCUAAACAACCUAAACAAAUGUCACCUUUUGGUAAACCAGAGCAGCCAAGACAUCAUCUAACACGACAGGAUACACAAGAAAAUAUAAUAUUAUCAUCAAAAGAUAUUAAAGACUUCACAUCCAUCAGCGACUUGCGGAAACUUAUUGAGAAAUCACAGACUAAAAAAGAUAUAAAAGUCAGUAACAAAAAUAUCGUGAUAAACAGAAACAUUGAUGACAAAAUUCUAAAAGAAAUUAUAGACACGGUAAAAAAAUAUCCUUUUAAGAGAAUUGAAAAAGUGACACUUGGUACGAAAUUUAAUGAAGAUAUAAAAGACCUUUAUGAAGGUAUCGAUACUGAAGAAUCUACUGUAUUAACAUCCACUACAGGUGAAACCACUAGAAAGGUUUUUGAUAUCGAGAAAACGAAAAGUCAAGUUGAGGUCACUAGAUACAUCACCGAGAAUGGCAUUACGAGGAAAAUUACUACUUAUGAAGAUGCGAAAGAAGACGAUAAAAUUAGGACGGACGUCUUCGUCGACAAGAGCAAGUUCGACUUCAAAAACUUGCGCGAUGUCCAAACGACCGAAGACGUUAUUCGAGAAUACGACGUGGUAGACCAUGCUAUCACGGAUACUACGAGGGAAGAUAGGACUGUCAGCACCGUCUACGAUGAGACUAUCAUCGACGACAGGAAAACAAUGCGUGACGACAGGACUACUGUUGAAGAGACUGUUAUCAUCGAAGACCGCGAAACCAGGCCCAGAGGGGGCCCAAAGAAACCGGAGAAGACCGUCGUUAAGGAACAGUGUAUAUGUGAAAUCUGCACUUGUGGGCGUCACCGUUGCCCACACAACGAUGUCCCGGAGCCAUUGUUCGAUGUGGAGCACACGACGAGCGUGGUCUCCGCAUACAAGCGUGACUACGAUGAGAAACACGUGAGCCGUACUACUGCUAUUCAUCAUGAGGACCACCUUCGCCUUGAAGCAGAAAAGGCAAUAGUUAAAAAACCAAAAGACAAUUUACAACCCGAGGGUGAAUUUACAACUAGACGGACCAUAACGGAAGAUUACAAAGUGGUGACCGGUGAAAGGGCUGAAAUCGUUCGUCGCACAGAUAACAUUAUCACAGAAGGGGAGUUUACUGAUACUACAACAUCGCGGACCGAGUAUACUGUAAAACCAGUUGAGAGACCAAAACCAGUACGGCGCAAUACAUGGACAAAAAUUGAAGGAGAUAUGAUUACAGACACAACAUCUAAAUCUGAAUUUAUUGAUUACACGGACACGGUUGAAAGAACUAAGAUAGCCACCCGGAAAACUGAUAAUUUAAUUCGCGAAGGUGAAAUAGAAUUUAUAACGUCCAAUCAGACAGAUUUCCCCGAAAAAAAUACGCCUGUUGAACGUCCAAAAAGACGUCGAACAUGGACUAAAGAAGAUUUUGAGAAGUUUUAUUCCACAGAAGAGUUAGAAAAAAUAACGACAACACAAGAAGAGUAUAGGACAUAUGACGAGACUGACGUCAGACAACAGCGUAUUAUAAGAAAAGAUAACUUGCAUAUGGAAGGUACUUUUGAUAGUCAUACGAAGAAACCAGAAGAUAAUCUGAAGCCAGAAGGGGACAUGGAAGUCAUAAGAAGAACUGAUUUUACAGCAACACGUGGUGACCGUAUGGACAUCAUAAAACAUGAAGACCAUCUUAAAAUGGAAGGAGUUAUUGACGUUCAUCGCUCUAGGGACGAUUACAAGCAUAUUGAAAAGAUGGAAAAGGUAAUCAUACUAAGACAUGAAGAUAAUUUAAGAACUGAAGGUGAAUUUAUUGAUCUCGAAGUUCGAAACGACUAUAGUGCUACAAAAGGUGAAAGAGCACCUGUUAUUAAACCACAAGAUAAUCUAAAGCCUGAUGGUAAAUUUUAUAAACCUGAGAUUAUACCUUCUCAACCAGCUGAAAGACGUAAGCCGUUUAAACAAGUUGAUAAUAUUACUAUUGAAAGAGAUCUUGACGUGCGACAAAGACAAAAAGUAGAGCGUCUUGAUAUAAUUAGACGAGAAGAUAACUUAAAGAUAGAAGGAGAAUUUAUAGACAUGAAACAAAGAAACGAUUAUACAAAAGUUGUAGGUGAACGAGCUGCUAUUGUCAAACACGAAGAUAAUCUAAGAAUGGAAGGCAAAAUGGAAAACACAAGAUCAUCUGAUACUUACCGAGUGGUAAAAGGUCAAAGAGUAAAAUUAACUCGUAGGGAAGAUAAUCUAAAAAUCGAGGGGGUAUUUGAAGAUCACACUCGUAGAGAUGAUUAUAAAGUCACGAGAGGCGAAAGAUUAGCGAUAGUAUAUCCUACAGACAACUUAAAACCAGAAGAUUUUGAAAGAAAACCUAAACGAGAACCAGAAAUUGAUGAGAAACAUACACCUCAUAAACAAACUGACAAUUUGAAACCAGAGAGUGAAUCUGAUAGACCUUCAAGACCAAAAUGGGAAACUGCAGAACGUCCCGUAUAUAUUGACCGAUCAGAUGAUUUACAACCUGAAGGACCUUUUGUUGAUCGCCCUAAUACUUACAGGCAGCCGAAAGAUACAUUAGAACAAGUUCACCCCAAGGACAAUCUGAAACUAGAGGGUCCGCAGAAAUGGAGUCCAGCAGAAAAAUCGGACCAAAUGAAACCACGAGAUAAUCUUAGGAAUGUAAAUGGGGAGACGACUAUACAUGAUGCAUCUAAAUUCAAAGUAAAUGAGUCAACAAAAAGGUCAUUCGAAAGUAAAACUGUUGUGGGUCAUGACAAUUAUGAUGCCGUAUCUCAAAGUACAUCACGCCAUGAUAAUCAAGUACGCCAUGACGACAGAUCUUCUCACACCGAUAGUCAUUUGAGGCAAUCUUACAGUAAUGUUGAUCAUUCCACAUCGUCGAAUACACAAUCUGAUACUCGCAUUAAAUAUAAUACAUCACACGAUAUCAUUGACCGUAGUGAUUCACACAAAUAUGUAGAUCGAGUUGCGAAAAACGACGUUAUGGAUCGCAACGAUCGCAACAAAACGGUUAAUGUAACUGAUCGUUCUGUGUCCAGAAGUAGCACAGAAAAGAACAUUGUAAACAAAAGCGAUACUAAACAUACGAAAACUGUGACAUCCACAACCACGAAAACUACAAGGCAAAUUACAGAAAAGAAGCUUAGAGGCGGAAAGUGGGUGAUGGUCACUAGAAACGUGGAAGUAGACGUAAGCGGAGGUGAUUCAGGAAGAUUUACACCUCAGCGGUCAUCCCCGAACAGAGAUGCUGAUGAACGUUCACAGCGUCCUCCGCAGGUUGGAGGUGAUUCAACUCAGCGAAUUGAACAAGUUAAGUCAUCAACUAAUCAAGAUACUGUCAAUACGAUUCAGGGAUCUAAAGAAAUAACCGCUAUUAAUCAAAAAAAUUCCCGUUCCACACAACAAUAUACUGAUAAUACAAGAAGAAUGAAUUCCUCUGAAGAGACAGUUACAUCAUCACAUUCUAGCCAAACCUUAAGUUCAAAUCAACGUCACACAACAAUUUCUGAAGGUCAUACUCAAAAAAGCACGGGAGGCACAAUUAUUUCUAGAAAUCAAACCGGUCAAAACUUUACUGGACCGGAUGGUCAUCAUAUAAUUAGAGAAGUCGGUGGCGAUACUAUUCAGAGAACUAUAACCACUGAUCGAUCCGGAAGAUCAUCAAUAAAUCAAGGUCCUGUUACUGAGAGUCAUAUACAGAGAAAUGUUAACUCAGUUACACACAAAGGUAGUCACGGUGAACAACAUACUGCAAGUUCGACACAUUCAGUAAACAGGAGCCAGCUGAGUGAUAGUGUUACAAACACUAGUAUUGAGUUCCAAAGGGCUAUGCAUGGCGGUGGUGAUACUCUAUCAUCUACCGUUGUUAAUAAUACCCCACGUAGUGGACAUCACAAACGAACAUCUGACCUCGUUUCUGAUUCCUCUUCCACAAACUCAAUUUUACAUCGUCGCGGAGUACAAUCUACCACAGAAGCUCAUCAUUCCAUUAGCUCUACAGCAGCAGCGCAAAGAAAGAGCAUCGGCAAUCUUUCGGAACGAGGUGAAUAUAUAAGUAACUCCACCCAUAGCGCAGACAGGAAAAGUAUUAGUUCGAUACAUCGCUCUACAAGGGAGAAUAUGGGUGUCAUAUCACAACACGAAAGUGGGGACACUCAUCGUAAUCAAACUAGAAGAGAUGGGCAAUCUACAAUGGUGGUGGACCGUCAACCGAGAGUCGUCAGAGACAAUCUGAAAGUUGGUGGUGAGUUUUACGGUCAAUCGGAGGCACGUUCUUAUGGCAACUUUUCGCGAUCAGAACAUGUUCAGAGAGUCGAUCGCUCAGAGCGAAGUGACCGUGUAGAGCGUGUGGAGCGGGUCUCACGUCAUGGAAAUACUUCGCAUUUUGUUUUAGGCGAUGGCAAUACAAGCUACAAACGCGAAUUUACUUCGCAUGUUCACGGCACUUGCCCUGCUUCGUUGAUUGAAACAGGACGGGCUCCUUUUAAACAUACACGCGAUUCUCGUGAACACAAAUUUUAUGCUACAAAAAUAAGGCAGCCGUGA